CGAUCAAUAAGUGCAAAAGCAAAACAAAAAAUAUAUACAAAAACUUACAAAUGUAAAGUCAACGAGCAGUAAUCUACACACGUUUUUAAGUACUUUAAACUUUUUGGUGGAAAUGUCUAACCCAGUUUCAUAUGUAACGCAUAAUGACGGCACUAAAAUGCAAUCUAUUGGUUUGGGCACAUAUACGUCGUUGGGUGGUGAUUGCGAACGUGCUGUACGCGAUGCCAUUGAUGCUGGAUACCGUCACAUAGACACUGCGUACUUCUAUGAAAACGAAUAUGAAGUGGGCAAAGCUGUACAUGAGAAAGUUGCUGAAGGUGUUAUCAAACGUGAAGACAUUUUCGUCGUUUCUAAGUUGUGGUGUCAUUUCCAUGAGCCUGAACGUGUUGAAUACGCUUGUCGUAAGACUUUGACUAACUUUGGCAUGGACUAUGUCGAUUUGUAUUUAAUGCAUUGGCCCUAUUCGUAUGCAUAUCGUGGCGAUGAUGUUAUGUUUCCCACCGAUGCCAAUGGAAAAGUUGAAUUGAGUGAUAUCGAUUAUUUGGAGACUUGGAAAGCAAUGGAGACACUGGUGGCCAAAGGCUUAACCAAAAGCAUAGGAGUAUCCAAUUUCAAUUCGGAGCAAUUAAAACGUUUAAUGGAGAACUGUAAAAUCAAGCCAAUACAUAAUCAAAUUGAAUGCCAUCCUGGUUUAAAUCAAAAGCCUUUAAUUAAAUUGUGCAAACAAUAUAAUGUUAUAGUAACGGCUUAUUGUCCUUUGGGUAGACCGGACCCAAUUAACAAGUUGCCGACAUUCCUAUACGAUCCGAAAGUCAAAACUAUUGCCGAUAAAUAUCAGAAGACACCAGCACAAGUAGUGUUGCGUUAUUUGCUCGAGCUUGGCACAGUUCCACUACCUAAAUCGGUUAAUAAAAAUCGCAUUGUAGAGAAUUUCAACAUUUUUGAUUUUCAACUAAACCUCGAUGACCAUAAGGUAAUGGAUUCAUUUCAUACGGGGCAGCGUAUUGUAUCUAUGACUCAUUCCGAAUCUAGUAAAUAUUAUCCUUUCAAUAUUCAAUAUUAACGAAGGAUUGCCUUCUAGUUCAUACAAACGAAAAAAGAAAGUUCGUAAAUAUU